CCCGGAGAAGCUAGGAGAAGUUUCUAGGCCUCCGUGCCGGGGUUCCUUAAGCUCCUGACGCCGCUCCGGCCCUCCCAGCGGCGCUGGCGGAGAGCCUGGCCGGGCGGGGCUGCUCUGCGGGCGGCAGUGCGCGAGAGGCACCUCGGCUCGGGCUCGGGCUCGGGCUCCGGGCUCCUGCCCAAGGGGCUGCCGCCGUCGCCGGGAGCAGGGGCUUCGGGGGCUGGGACCCCGGCCGGGUACACGCGCUCCGUCCUUGGCAGUGGAUGGUCCAGCGUUUUCUGAAGCCGAAGCGUAAGCUUGGAGGGCCAGCGCACCCGUAUCACCUCCUGGGUGACCUUGGCAGGUGGCCCCCUCUCCCUGAGCCUCCGCAGCCAUGGCUGACGGUCAGAUGCCCUUCUCCUGCCACUACCCGAGCCGCCUGCGCCGCGACCCCUUCCGAGACUCGCCCCUGCCCUCCCGCCUGCUGGAUGAUGACUUUGGCAUGGACCCCUUCCCCGACGACUUGACUUCCUCAUGGCGCAACUGGGCCCUGCCUCGAUUUUCCACCGGGUGGCCUGGGACCCUGAGGUCAGGCAUGGUGCCUCGGGGGCCCACGGCCGCAGCCAGGUUUGGGGUACCUGCGGAGGGCAGGAGUCCCCCACCCUUCCCCGGGGAGCCCUGGAAAGUGUGUGUCAACGUGCACAGCUUUAAGCCAGAGGAGCUGAUGGUGAAGACCAAGGAUGGAUACGUGGAGGUGUCUGGCAAACACGAAGAGAAGCAACAAGAAGGUGGCAUCGUUUCCAAGAAUUUCACAAAGAAAAUCCAGCUUCCCGCAGAGGUGGAUCCUGUGACAGUAUUUGCCUCACUUUCCCCAGAAGGCCUGCUGAUCAUCGAAGCUCCCCAGGUUCCCCCUUACUCACCAUUUGGAGAGAGCAACUUCAACAAUGAGCUUCCCCAAGACAGCCAGGAAGUCACCUGUUCCUGAGAACCCAGUCUCGACCCAUCUUUUUCCCUCCCCAACCCCAAGGCUUCUCUGAUUCCAGAGUACAUUACUUUAGCUGAAUUCAUAGAUUUAGUGUGACUAAAAUGUUAGGGGUGGGGGUGGACUGACCAGACUCCCUGGAUAGUGUAGUUCUAGGUUUUUCCACAGGAUGGCGCAAUUGGCAGGUCAUGCUCAGUUGCAUUAGGCCAAAAUGCUGGGAGAUUUUUUUUCUUUACCUUUUCUAUCAUAAUGAAAAUGUUGCACAUUCUAUAGCUGCAAAACAGAUAAAAGGGGACAUAACAUUUCACACUGUAUCUUCCUUUUGCAGCAAAUGCAAGGAUUGCUCUUCUCUGGGGACCUUCCUGUCACCCAGUUUCCUGUUCUGGGCUCCUACUUUCCAUGCCUGCCCCAUGGUUUGGUGGUUGGAGCCUAGAACUCACCCUACUGUGUUUCAGCAGCCCUGGCCUGCAAAGGGUUAUAGAUAGGUCUUACAUCCCCAUAUAUGGGAUUUACUCAACAGCCACAUGAAAAUAGUGCCUUCUGCUCUUCAUCCAAGCAUUUAUAUAGCAUGUCCCCAAGUUGGCACUCCCUGAGGACUCUGGAUGCCCAUUUAUUCUCUGGCUAAAGUCCCCCCUUUCUUGUGCCUCCUAUGUCCAAUUUGGGAUUUUUACAGAGGGGGCUGUCUCCAAACAGCUCCGCCAGGAACCAAGCAAAGGCCAGACAGGCUGGCAGGCAGGCUAAUGGUAUUAUGUAUAUGAGCGGGAUGUGUGUGUCAUUGUUAUUUGAAUUGUGCUGUUGUUUAGGGGGGGAAAUAACAGUAAAUAAUACUAAUAAAGGAGCUGAUGUUCUUA